AUGAAAAACUUGCAUUUGCUGUUUGGAAACACUAAUGUUAAGUCUGGAAAAUCCUCAAAAAAAGUUGCAGAAUUAAUUUUUCUGAUAAAGGUGAGCCUUUGUUCAUGAGUUGAUUGUUUUUGUCACCAAGCUGAAGCAUGCAAGACUUUUACAUUUAAGGAAAGUGUGAUGUCAUGCUUGCAUAACAUCCUUUUCAUUUACAAACACAAAAUGACAAUGGAUGGCAUAAAAUGGUAAUAUAAUUAUAGACAAUACUUUCGAGAAUAUUCUUCAACUGGCUCAACUUAAAAAAAAAAACACUUAAAAUAUAAGUUUGAGUGUCAGGCCUGGAUAAAGUAUUUUCCUUCCUGGAAGCAUAAACCCAAAAUACAAAUUUCCUGCCAUGCUACUUCAGAAUUUCCUGUGAGACUUUUUUAUUUAUAGUUAAGACUACAGAAGAGAAAAACAAGCACUUAAUCGCGAACAUCGAAUCAACAAAAAUUUCCUUAACAAUAUAAAAAGGUUUCCUGCAAGUAAUUUUUGUGAAAAAUUUCCUGGCAGCGGAGCUGCCGGACAUUUUCCAGCCCUGUUGAGUGUCGUCAAGUGAUAAGGCUGGUCUGUUAUUACAUGCCUUUCUUCCACGAACAAUGAUGGCAGAGUUUGGUUCAAUAAGAAAUGAACAACUCAUAUGAUUUUACUUUCUUUAGGAUCAUGAAAAUCCAGAGGUUGUGUGCAGUUCAAGUCGACGACCGAACAUGAAAGGUGUGCCAUUGCUCUGUAUAGACAAGACGUAUGCAUAUCUGAUGUGCUCAGGUAAUCUCGUUUGUAAAGUUGAACUGCAGAAAGUCAUGGAAGCAGCCCUUGCCUUGAUUGGGCUUUUUUAUCUACUGGAUGUAGACUAUCCUAAGGCACAUGAACUGGGAUUGACCAUGCUGCAGAACCUGGUGUUUCAAGAUCUAAGCACGCCAGAUGACUUGUUCAACACGUUUCAGUCUCCAAAAAAAGCUUACCUAGACUUUCAACAGAAUUCAUCAGGAUUUUAAGUUUGAGCAAGUACCCAGUGUGAACACAUAAAGACAAUGUCUAGUUUCAAAUAUAGAAUUCAUUGCCAACUACGGGUAUGACUAUUAUACUUGGACAGUUGGACUAGUAACAAUGGUCCAAAUUGCAUGACUUUGUUUGUUUUUGUUGAAUUUGCGAAAGUUCUGUCAUUUUACUAUAUUUUAUCGUUUAAUUAUAUAUCCUGUUCUAAUUCAUAUGGGAAUGCAUCUAUUCUUGCAUAGUAG